CUCCAAUAUAGAGGAAGCUGUUCCAAGACACUGGCAGUCAAUGCAACAUCAUUCCCACCCCAAAGAAAGAGGCAUCACCUCCACCAUCAUCAUCAUCAUCAUCAUCAUCAUCAUCAUCAUCAUCAUCUCCACCUUCAUCACCAGGAUAUCAUCCACCUUUGUAACCCGACCUUUCAUCAUCAGAAGAUGACUACCAGAAGAACAGUGAGCCGGAUAUGGAUGAGCCUGUCACACCCAUCCACAAGGAGAAGAAGUUUAUUGUCUUCAUGACUUGCCUCACGAGGUUGCUCACCUGGUGCCACUGCCCCGACUGUGGUUCAGUUGACAUUUGCCACAAUGUCAUUGGUUCACUCCUAGUCAUUACGUUGUUAUGUGCAUCUUGCUACAAGAAAGUGACAUGGAACAGCCAACCCUACAUCGGCAGCACACCAGCGGGCAACAUUCUCUUGUCCACUUCAAUUUUGUUGGCAGGUGCCACUGCAGGAAAGGUUCUGCGGGUUAUGAGAACCAUGGCAUUGGCGACCACAUCUUCAUGGACAUAUUUCCGGCACCAGAGAAGUGUUUUGUUGCCAGUUGUCCAGCGAGUAUGGAACAUGAGACAGACAUUCUUGCCUGUCACAUUUCAGGCAGAGGGAAGGGACCUGGUCCUGGGAGGUGAUGGCCGGGCCGAUAGCCCGGGACAUUGUGCAAAGUUUGGAAGUUACACCAUGUUGGAGCUGCAUGCCAAUGUAGUAAUAGAUAUUCAGCUAGUUCAGAGCAAUGAAUGUGGUGGUAGCUAUCAUAUGGAGAAAACUGGGUUGGAGCGCUCCCUGGCUCAUCUUGAGCGGCAGGGACUUGCAGUUGGCACGAUGGUCACUGACCGACACCGGCAAAUAGCCAAGUGGCUCAGAGAGACCUACCCCCACAUUGAGCACCUCUAUGAUAUCUGGCAUGUAGCAAAAG